AUGGCUACCCAGGCAUACCGAAACAUUAUGCGCGCCGCGCGUGUCGCCUUCAACGGCGAUGCCCCUGUCCUCCUCGAAGCAAAGAACCAGAUUCGCCAGAGCUUUCUCUCCAACGCGAAGAUGGGCGCCGCUGAGCCAGCCACCGCCGAGGCCAUUCAGCAUGCCAACGAGGUUGCCAACUUCCUCCGAGUAAACCUCGUCCAGGGUCGCAAGAUGGGAGACGCCGACAACACAUACCAAUUACGCAUUCACAAGGAUACCGAGCGAGGCGAUAACGAUUCCAUUAAGACAGCUGGUGCCGGCGUCUCCGGAGGUGGUUGCGGAUGCAAAUAA